AACGUUUGUCUAGAAAAACUCGUUUUUUUAGGAAUGGACAGGGUAACCGUUAUGACAUUCACAUCUGAAUUGAGGGCAGAGAUGCUCUCUACCUUGGAGUCGAAUAAGACACUUCAGGAGUUUACUUUAGAUUGGAGAUCUGACAUAGUUAUUGAUCAUAAGUUGUCAAAAAACAAGACUGAACGCCGGUUGCUGGAGGCUGGUGGAGGCUUGCUGGAGGCUGGUGGAGGCUUGGAACGCACUACUAGCAGCCACAUCAGAUGCUUUUUGGCGGGUGAACCUUAUGUGGGUAAGUCGAGCUUGAAGGAUUCGAUUUGCCGUGGAACAUUGGAGUACUGCAUAGACAAGAUGAAGCAGAUGACACCUGGUGAUCGGCCUGCCAAACCUCGAACGAAGGGCAUUGAGAUGGUCCAUGUCGCAUCGAAAGGGGUCAACAUCCAGUUYUGGGACUUGGGGGGACAACCUGAGUACCACACCAUCCACGAUCUGUUCAUGCCAACUCUAGGAGGGGACAUGGCAGUUCCACCCAUCUUCUUGCUUCUAUUUAAUCCGGUGAUCGAAUGUGAGCAAGUAAGCAGUGGCAACUCAAGUGGAGACAGCUCGGCARCUGYRGAAGUUGAGAAGAGACAGUGGGAURAACUUCUUCAACGACUGAGGUAUUGGUUGAGAUUCAUCGCGACAAACUGCAAAGCCGAAAGAAAGCCUUGUGUGAUUCCAGUAUGCAAUCCUCACUUGACUCAGAAACAAAAGUUGUCUGACUUGUACCCUCGUGCGGGUAAGGUGGUCCGCUGGAUAUCUGAGGAGUUUCAAGAGGCACUUGAUAUUGUGAAUAAGGUAAUCCUUAUCGAUGCCAGAAGGAAUGGCGAUGCAAAAAGGGUCAAGAAGUUCUUGUUCAGUAAGGCCAAGGAUCUUCUUCACAACACCAAUGUGCUGCAAAUCAUGGAGAGAGUGCAAACGUUGGUGGUGAAGUCCAGUGGAUCAAGCAUUCCGCUAAUGACUUGGGCCCAGUUCCGUGGAAUCUGCUGGCCAUUGAGAAUUGCAGGCCAGCAUCAGGAGAGAAGUCUCAGCGAAGUACAAUCGGGAACUUGUAAGACUACGCUGGAUGGCAAUCUCCUCCUGAAAGUCAUGGCGAGCUAUCUCCAUGACAUCGGGCAAGUUAUUUGGUUUGAGCCGAUGCCAUUUGUAAUUACGAAUCCCCAGUGGUUCUGUUGCAGUUUCGUUGGUGAGCUCAUCCCAACAGAAUUUCAUGCCAGUGGAGUCUUCAAUGGGAUCGCUGAUGUGAAACUUUUAGAACGCGUGUUGUCAGAAGCUGUUUCUGGGAAAUGCGAGGUUGGUGUGCAGGAUGUAGUAGAUCUGAUGUUGAGAAUGGAGCUUGCCYAUAAGGUCUGUGACGAUCCCGAGAGCAGACUGUUGAUACCAUCAUGCCUUCCUGAUCGUCAAGAUGGGGACAUGAUUAGUUGGAAAGUGGACAGGAAAAAUGGGCAUGAACAGGAACUUCAAGGUCACUUUUCUGGAUAUCGGAUUGAAUGCAAAUACAAGAAGAAGACAAUGCUAACUGCAGGAUUCUUCCAUCGAAUGCAG